GCGGACAGGGAGCCCGCUGCUGCCACCUCAACAUGGAGUAGCCUGAGCUCCAGCGGCUGCUGCCCGACAAGCGGACCCCACGGAGCGGAGAGCGACGCGGCCUCGGCUGAGUUCCCCACCUCGCCCGGACCAGCCCCGCCGGAGCUCCAGCGGCGGACAUUUCUCUGCAAACGCGACGGGAAGCUCGGGCUUUUAUUUGAAAAGAUGGCGAACGACUCCCCGGCUAAAAGUCUAGUUGACAUCGACUUGGCUUCCCUGCGGGAUCCAGCUGGGAUAUUCGAGUUGGUGGAGGUGGUUGGAAAUGGCACCUAUGGACAAGUAUACAAGGGACGACACGUCAAGACUGGACAGCUGGCUGCCAUCAAGGUCAUGGACGUCACCGAGGAUGAAGAGGAGGAAAUUAAACUGGAGAUCAAUAUGCUGAAGAAGUAUUCCCACCACAGAAACAUAGCAACCUAUUAUGGCGCUUUCAUUAAGAAGAGCCCCCCAGGACACGACGACCAGCUAUGGCUGGUGAUGGAGUUCUGUGGAGCUGGUUCCAUUACAGACCUGGUGAAGAACACCAAGGGGAACCAGCUGAAGGAAGACUGGAUCGGUUACAUCUCCAGAGAGAUCCUCAGAGGUCUGGCCCACUUACACGCCCACCACGUCAUCCAUCGCGACAUCAAGGGCCAGAACGUCCUGCUCACCGAGAACGCAGAAGUCAAACUAGUGGACUUCGGUGUGAGUGCUCAGCUGGAUCGGACCGUGGGCCGGAGGAACACCUUCAUCGGGACUCCUUAUUGGAUGGCCCCUGAGGUCAUCGCUUGUGACGAAAACCCAGACGCUACAUACGAUUACAGAAGCGAUCUGUGGUCUUGUGGUAUCACAGCUAUUGAAAUGGCUGAAGGAGCACCACCACUUUGCGACAUGCAUCCCAUGCGUGCGCUCUUCCUUAUUCCAAGAAACCCUCCUCCCAGGCUCAAAUCUAAAAAAUGGUCCAAGAAGUUUUUCAGUUUCAUCGAGGGCUGCCUUGUGAAGAACUACACCCAGCGCCCGCCGACGGAGCAGCUGCUCAAGCAUCCCUUCAUCCGAGACCAGCCCAACGAGAGGCAGGUCCGCAUACAACUCAAAGACCACAUCGACCGGACCAAGAAGAAGAGAGGAGAGAAAGAUGAGACUGAGUAUGAGUACAGUGGCAGUGAGGAGGAGGAAGAGGACCCCCCAGAGCAGGAGGGAGAACCCAGCUCCAUUGUCAAUCAGCCAGGGGAGUCCACUCUGCGCCGCGACUUCAUCCGCCUGCAGCAGGAGAACAAAGAGCGGUCCGAGGCGCUCCGCCGCCAGCAGCACCUCCAGGAGCAGCAGCUCCGCGAGCAAGAGGAGUACAAGCGCCAGCUAUUGGCCGAGAGGCAGAAACGCAUUGAGCAACAGAAGGAGCAGAGGAGGCGGCUGGAGGAGCAACAACGACGCGAACGGGAGAUGAGGAGGCAACAGGAGCGUGAGCAGCGGCGCCGCGAGCAGGAGGACAAGAGGCGUGUGGAGGAGAUGGAUCGUAGACGCAAAGAAGAGGAGGAGCGCCGGCGGUCCGACAGCGAGAAGAUAAGGAACGAUCGUGAACAGGAGUACAUCCGGCGCCAGCUGGAGGAGGAGCAGAGGCACCUGGAGAUGCUGCAGGAGCAGCUGCUGCGUGAACAGGCCAUGCUGCUGGCUGACGAGCGGUACCGUAAGAACAUUCAGGGCUCACCUCAGACCGCCCCCCCUCCCAAGCAGCCCCCCCUGCCUCCCCGCUCCUCUGAACCGUUCUCCAAUGGCGGCUCCUCCGCCGAGGCCUCUGCCAUGCACCGGCCCAUGGAGCCCCAGGUGCAGUGGUCCCACCUGGCUGCUCUAAAAAGUAGCAACAGCGCCGCCCCCUCUCCUCCUCCUCCUCCUCCGCCCGUGGUCAUUCGCUCCCAGUCCUUCAGCGAGCCCGGCGGCGUGAACUCUAGCUUUGCACAACUCCACCUGCGCUCCCAGGACCCCCACCAUCACCACCACCCACCAUCGCACGCACGCACUGACCCCCAACCUCCCCUCCAACUCCCCCAGGGCCAGACUAGGGCAGAGCACCAGGCCGGCGGCGAGGAGGUGCCUCCCAAGGUACCAGUGAGGACAACAUCCAGGUCUCCAGUGCUGUCACGCAGAGAGUCUCCUUUGCCCUCGCAGCCUGGCAACCAGGGCGGACAGAGGAACGCUGGCAGUAGCGUGGAGCAGCGCCCCCUGUGGGACCGGGUGGAGAAGCUGCAGCCCCGGCCGGGCAGCGGCAGCUCCUCUGGCUCCUCCAACUCCAGCUCUCAGGCCAGCUCCGGGGACCGCUUCAGGCCACGCUGUGAGUCCCCCGCUUCCUCCAAAUCUGAAGGGUCUCCUCUCCAGCGACCUGACAACGUUCCCAAGAAACAAGAUGAGAAGAACCUCGCCAGACCCACUCGACCAGCUGACCUGACUGCUCUGGCCAAGGAGCUCCGUGCGGUAGACGACGUGCGGCCCCCCCACAAGGUCACCGACUACUCCUCCUCAAGCGAGGAUUCAGGCACCACUGAUGAGGACGACGACGAGGAGGUGGACCAGGAGGCUGGAGAGGAGUCCACCUCCGGGACCGAGGACUCCAAAGCAGGAUAUUCCCAUGGCUUCCGCAGGAGACUGAGCAACGGGGAGACGGAGUCCACUAAGACCAUGCUGCUUGAAGACUCCGAGAGCGACCAGGCAAAUACGCCCUCCAAGGACGGCACGCUGGUCAUCAGGCAGAGCACGACUGACAUAAAGCGGUUGGUCAAUCUCUCAUCCUCCUCUUCCUCCUCUUCCUCGGCUGGCUCUGGUCACGGCCACGGCCAGACCCCCAUCCACGGGCCGCCAGAGAAAAACGGCUUUGCCGGCCGCAUUCACCACCUGCCAGAUCUUAUCCAGCAGAGCCAUCACCCCUCUUCCUCCUCCACAACCAUCCCUUCCUCCUCCUCCUUCCCUUCCUUCCCCUCCUUCCCCUCUACCCCCUCAUCAUCUGGCCAUCCCAGUCCUGCCAUGUCCCCACAGAACCCCCUGGACCAGUUCACUGCCAUAGAGUCCCAGUCAGAGAGCAACUCCAUGUCCAAACACAAGUCUUCCUCCUCCUUCCAUCCCUUCAUCGACCCGCGCCUCCUCCAGAUCUCUCCAUCCAGCGGCAGCUCCCUCAACAACAUGGCUGCGUUUGGUCUGGACGGACGCCUGGUGGACCCGCUGAAGGCCGACCCGUCCCGUAAGGGCUCGGUGGUCAACGUCAACCCGGUCAACACGCGCCCGCCCAGCGACACGCCGGAGAUUCGCAAGUACAAGAAGAGGUUUAACUCUGAGAUCCUGUGUGCUGCUCUCUGGGGGGUGAACCUGCUGGUGGGGACGGAGAGCGGUCUGAUGCUGCUGGACCGCAGCGGCCAGGGGAAGGUUUAUCCUCUGAUCAACAGACGACGCAUCCAACAGAUGGAUGUGCUGGAGGGACUCAAUGUCCUGGUCACCAUAUCAGGUAAAAAGAACAAGCUGCGAGUGUAUUACCUGUCGUGGCUCCGGAACAAGAUCUUGCACAACGACCCCGAGGUGGAGAAGAAGCAGGGUUGGGUCAACGUGGGCGACCUGGAAGGCUGCGUCCACUACAAAGUCGUGAAGUAUGAGAGGAUUAAAUUCUUGGUGCUGGCCUUGAAGAAUGCGGUGGAGGUGUACGCCUGGGCGCCCAAGCCCUACCACAAAUUCAUGGCCUUCAAAUCUUUUGGGGACCUGGUGCACCGGCCCCUGCUGGUCGACCUGACGGUGGAGGAGGGUCAGAGGUUAAAGGUCAUCUACGGCUCCUGCUCAGGCUUCCAUGCUGUGGAUGUGGACUCCGGUGCCGUCUACGACAUCUACCUGCCCACACAUAUCCAGACCAGCAUCCAGUGCCACGCCAUCAUCAUCUUGCCAAACACUGACGGCAUCGAGCUGCUGGUGUGUUACGAGGACGAGGGCGUCUACGUCAACACGUACGGGCGCAUCACCAAGGACGUGGUGCUGCAGUGGGGAGAGAUGCCAACUUCAGUGGCCUACAUUAGGUCAAACCAGAUCAUGGGCUGGGGCGAGAAGGCCAUAGAGAUCCGCUCUGUGGAGACGGGCCACCUGGACGGGGUCUUCAUGCACAAGAGAGCUCAGAGACUCAAGUUCCUCUGUGAACGGAACGACAAGGUCUUCUUCGCCUCUGUGCGCCAAGGAGGUGCCAGCCAGGUGUACUUCAUGACCCUGGGACGCACCUCCCUCAUGAGCUGGUAGCCGUCGCCCCCCCCCCAACACAGCGCCAGUUACCGUUACCAAGCAGCGACCAACAGACGACGAUUGUGACUAUGACCGAUGGAGAAGAGAGCAGCCUCGAGCCUGAGCCGGAGAAGCAUCUCUGCGAAGGGGGAGAAGGUUUCGCUCUCGUCUGCUCGGGGCAAACAAACAACGGAUUGGACUGUAAUCAUGAAAAGAAGCGAGGGAUGGGGUGUGUGUUUGUGUGUGUGUGUGUGUGUGUGUGUGUGUGGAGGAUCGUUCUGUCUCUGUCCUAGUGUCCGUAAACUGUAUUACGCUGACAGAACCCCCCACCCCCCACACCGGCCUCCAGCUUCUCCUCCUCACCCCACCUCCACCCACUCCUCCUCUUCCUCUGCGGGACGUCGGCUCUGUCGCCUGUCGAUGGCGAUUGAUGAAACCUGUUAUGUGUCAUAGUAGAACUUUGCAUCGUGUGUGUGUGUGAACGGAGGCAACACUGAGCAUGUGAAUGACUGACAAUGUGUGUGUUUGUCUGAAGGGACCCGUUCAAGAGGCUAAACGCGACCGCCGGCGUAGUUUUGAAGCCACGCCCUAGAUCUCGACGCCGCUCGUGGCUGCGCUUAGUCCAAGGUCCCGUUCGGGUUAUAAACAAACUCCUAUUCCCUCCAUGAUAGAUUUCCACGUCAAGCAUGUCACGACAACACACUCGUUCACAGUCACCGAUUUUACUCCCGUAAAAAGAUGCUUGACUUGUAAAUCUGCCUGCGUCUUCACUUUUUUGCCUUCUCCUCCUUAAAGUGAAGAUUUUUUAAGGGACCUUCUCGACGUAUCCAUUCAACACAGGGUACUGGAUUAUCAGCGUGUACAUACUAACGACAUCGACCUCCCCCGGGUUUAACCAACACACUCUCAACUUUUACCACAUUGCCUCAAACGUACUGUAGGUUAUGUCGGGACGGAAGUAGCCCUGUUUCUGAUGGCAUGUUGCUUUGGUGUUAUUAACUAAAUUAGCCCCUGUUUUUAAUACACUGUAUAUUUUCUAUGUGACUCGCUGCACAUACAUGAAGCAUAAGAACACACCUGUAGAUGAGUUUUAAAGGAAGAAUCCACCUUGUUCAUCGUCCUCUGUGGUAUUUUUCAGGGCUUUCCAGACCCAGAAAUGUGACGUCGUCGGGUGGAUUUAUUUUUCCUUUAACACCAUGACAUUAGUAGGGCUAGGAUAAACUGUGAAUUAGACAUGCAGGAUUAGCAGGUGGCCGUUAACGUAGCAUGGACGCCAGCGGGCAGCAGUGGCGCUAAGGGAACGGAGGCAGCGUGCAUAGGUGCCACUGAAGCGGGCUGAGAAGAAGCUUUGAACAUCACACUCCACAUCGAGGAGCGACCAGGUCCACGAUCUCCCCAACUCUGUAUUAAAGUGCAGCUGAGCGUUGCCUCGGAAACGGUCUCAAGCCGAUUUAUAGACCGCAAACAUCCUCCGUGAACAGCGAAGACGUGUAGAUUUUAGUGCCGGAAGUCUGAACCAGCCAUGUGAUUCACUAUUGGACCUCUUGUUUUUUGACAUUUUCAGUCAGUCUGGAUGGAAAAAUACCAAUUACACCGGAGCGUCACUCCAUCCAUGAAAUGUAUUUUACUUCUUCAUUUUAUUUCUCUCCCUCACUCAUCCUCUGGAACCCGACGCUUUCAUUUCACCGUUAGAUUUGUCAGAUCAUCAUCCCGUGGCUCCUGCGUCGGUAGGACACAAACAAAUGGGAUGAAUUUCACCUCCUUCAGGUCGACUCGACUCUGGGCUCCUGCUCCGAGGCCGGGGGGGGGGGCGCCUUCACGCGGAACACGGGAACAAGAUGCUCUCACUUGUAAAAGCGAGGAAGGGAAGACAAAUCACACGUUCUUAUAGCAGUGUUACGAAACCACUUCAGACAACAAGAACCAAGCAGCAUAUUUUCUAACUUGGACUUAGUUUUUAAUCUUGUUUCUUGCGAUUUUUAUUAUGUAACCCUUCAGAUAAUUAUGCGACUGCAGUGGUUUUUAAAUUUUAAUGCAAUUAUGUUGGAAAUGUUUACAGAAGCAAUUGUUUUGUCAAACCAAUGUGCAUCGAUAUGAAUAUUUAUGGUUUAUUUCGAGGGCGGAGUUUUACCCUGUUUUUGUAUUUUGCAUUAUUCCCUUUUUGUACCAUCAUUUAGACCUUUUCUUUUGUGUGUGUGUACAGGAAUAAUUGACUUUUGCUCACGUUACGCAAGUCCAGAGUGUGAUUUUACUGAUUCCUCUACAUCCUGCUUAGUGCAGUGUGCCCCUGGCUGUGUGGCAGCGUGGACGGAAAAUGUUUUCCACCUGCCAGGUGACAUGUUUCCCCUCAAACGUCUCUCUGCCACGCCUCUCUAAUUUAUGUCCUCUCUGUGUGUACUAUGGGAAUUACUGUAUUUUCCUGAAGGUCUUUUUUUCCAUUGAAUAAAAUGAGAAGUAAUUUACA